CUUCCAAACGUUGACUUUCAAUUUCAGCCUUCCCUCAAUUCAUCGAUCCAUCCAUUCACAUAUUAUCAAUAACUUUCAACCCAUUUUAAUACGGCGAGUUGAAUAACCUACCAGCAUGCCUUCCGUACUCCGAUCGACAGUUGAUAGGCUAGACCGCCCUAGCGCAUAUUAUAAUAGUCGGAACAAAAGGAGACGAACUGACCAUGGUCGGGAUAAUAAAGAUGGCGAAGCCGAAGUGAAUGUCCCGGUGGAAGAGUCUUCAGAAGAUCCUCUAAGGAACGCUACGACCCUCUACGUCGGAAAUCUUUCCUUCUACACGACCGAAGAACAAGUCUAUGAACUUUUCUCGAAGUGUGGUGAGAUCAAGCGCCUGGUCAUGGGAUUAGAUCGAUUCAAUAAGACCCCUUGUGGCUUUUGUUUUGUCGAGUACUACACUCACCAGGAUGCGCUCGAUUGCAUGAAAUAUAUAGGUGGCACCAAGCUCGACGAACGCAUCAUCCGAACUGAUCUGGACCCUGGUUUCGAGGAAGGCCGCCAGUACGGCCGGGGCAAGUCCGGCGGCCAAGUGCGAGACGAGUACAGAGAUGACUACGACGAGGGAAGAGGUGGUUUAGGCAGAGCAAUCCAGACAGACCGAGAGCGCGAGGGACAACGAAAUAGAGAACGAGAUCAACACAUGGAAGAUGACUACGGGCGCCUAAGAUAAGCUGUAGGCUGCUAGUUGGUUAGCUGAUUUGUUGAUACCCCGGACAUUAAUAGCUUAUAAGAAAGAAUACACAUGGUCAACAGGUAGUUACCCGCUAUUGCUAUUCGCAACACGAC